AUGAGCGAAAAUUCUAUAACACACUACAACCUAAGAUCAAGAAAAGAGGACGACACAUCGAAAAGUGGAGAAGACAUUUCUUCGACUGGACAUCUAAGGCGAUUGAGCAUUGAAUCCUCAAGUGACUCCAAACACAUAGAGCCCGAAAUGGCGGAUGCAAAUCGGACCUUAAAGGAACUUGCAGCUCCAACUUUUGUUCAACCUCUAUGCAUUCAAUAUCCUCAAGUAGAGGUGGGAUUUGAACUAAAGUCCGGGAUGAAUUAUCUAUUUUCCACAUUUCAUGGAUUCGCGGAAAAGGAUCCAAAUAAGCAUUUGAAGGAGUUUUAUGUGGUUUGCUCAAGCAUGAAACCUACGGGCGGUCUUAUUACCACGUGGAAUGAAAUGCAAAAGCUCUUCUUGGAGAUGUAUUUCCCAGCUUCAAAGGCUACAAACAUCAUAAAAGAAAUCUGUAGCAUUCGGCAAUCUCAAGGGAAAAAUCUCUACGAAUAUUGGGAGAGAUUCAAAAGGCUAUGUGCUAUAUGCCCAAACCACCAAAUCAGUGAGCAAUUACUUCUACAAUACUUCUAUGAAGGAUUGCUCCCGAUGGAGAGAAGUAUGAUUGAUGCGGUCAGUGGAGGAGCUUUAAUGGAUAAAACACUGGCAGUUGCUAUGGAUUUGAUAGCCAACAUGGCCACAAACUCACAACAAUUUGGUAGUAGAGAAGUGGCACCGGUUAAACAAAUAAGUGAGGUAGGAGCAACCUCUCAAAUUGAACGACAAUUAGCUGGUCUUACAUCGCUUAUGCAACAAAUGGCACUUGGGACAAUGCAACAAGCAAAAAGCUAUGAUCCAUAUGCUAACACAUACAAUCCUGGAUUUAGAGAUCAUCCUAAUCUCAGUUAUGGAGGAAAUCAUUUCAUAGCUCCACAAUCACAGUUUAAUCAUCCCCCGGGGUUCAAUCAACAAAGACAAAGACCUCAAUCAAGAAUUUGGAGACAACAAGUGAGGCAAUUGGCCAACACGGUGGGUGAAUUGGAGGCUCAAGGAUCGGGAAAACUUUCUUCUCAAGCAAUCAACCUGAGAGAAAAUGCUAGUGUUGUGACACUAAGAAGUGGAAAGAUUUUGGAAGAGGCACCAAGGAAAAUGAAAGAUCAAAUUGAAGAAUCAACACAAGAAAAGAAUUUAGUAUGUGGAAAAGAUGAAGCUACGACUCCAACUGCGGGAUCUAAUGUAGAAUCUAAAUGUUCUAUUCCUACUUAUGUUCCCUCCAUUCCAUUUUUUGGCAGGUUUGCAAAGUCUAAAAAGGAUGAACAUGAGAAAGAAAUCUUGGAAACUCUUCGCGAGGUUCAAGUAAACAUACCACUUUUAGAUGCAAUUUAUCAAGUGCCUCGUUAUGCAAAGUUCCUCAAGGAUUUGUGCACUAACAAGCAUAGAUUGAAAGGGUGUGUUGGAGGAUGUUUUGGUGAAGGCAAAUCAAUUGAUUUUUCCACAGAUUUCUACGUUCUUGACAUGCAAGAUGAACCAACAACUUUAUUGCCACCGUUACUCUUGGGAAGACCAUUUAUGAAGAUUGCGCGUAUAAAGAUAGAUGUGUAUGCUGGUACAUUAACAAUGGAGUUUGAUGAUUCAUUAGUACAAAGAGUUUUUGAAUUAUCAAAUGAAGAUGUAUUGGAUACCACUUUGAUUAAAAGCAUUGAUGCUAACAAUCUCACCGGGUUGAGCAAGAAUUUAUAA